CCAACGUCUCUUGACAGCGCCCCCAUGUGGGCGGAGUAAAUCUGUUGUUUCCGGUUUGUGCAAAAUGUCGCUUGUUUUUACAAAUACAAACCUUCAGAUUUAAACUAUUGUGUGUAUUUAAAACCCCGGCGGAAACGGUUGUCACAACAACGCCACCAGGACGGAGUAAAGUGGUCGAAAAGUCUUGAAACGACGUCAAAAUGUCGGCGGGCUCGGGGCACACGAACACGGAACCAUGGGGAAGCUUCGACGACAACCUCGUCCAGCACAUUCCAUGUGGAAUUUUCCAAGAAAAAACUGCUCAUAUAUAUGUAAUAUACAGGAAAUAAUAAAGGGCGGCGGCUCGGCGGUCAUCGACAUGGAGAACAUGGACGACACGUCGGGCUCCAGCUUUGAGGACAUGGGCGAGAUGCAUCAGAGGAUGAAGGAGGAGGAGGAAGUGACGGAGGAGGCGGCAGACGCAGACGACGAAAACGCAGAGUUCUUGGGCAUGAAGGGUUUGAAAGGCCAGCUAGGCCGACAGGUGGCGGACGAGGUGUGGCAGGCAGGGAAGCGCCAGGCCUCCCGAGCUUUUAACCUGUACGCCAACAUCGACAUCCUCAGACCGUACUUUGACGUGGAGCCCGUCCAGGUGCGCAGCAGGUUAAUCGAGUCACUGAUCCCCGUCCGGAUGGUGGACUUCCCUCAGAAGAUUGCAGGCGAGCUGUACGGACCGCUCAUGCUGGUCUUCACACUGGUUGCCAUCUUGUUGCAAGGGAUGAAGACGUCUGGGACCGUCAUUAGAGAGGGCACUCUGAUGGGCACGGCCAUCGGAACCUGUUUUGGCUACUGGGUCGGGGUUUCGUCCUUCAUCUACUUCCUGGCGUAUGUGGUCAACGCGCAGAUCACCAUGUUGCAGACGCUGUCGCUGCUGGGCUACGGCUUGUUUGGCCACUGCGUGGUCCUCCUGGUGAGCUACAACCUGCACUUCCACUUCCUCUUCUACGCCCUCUGGCUGCUGCUGGGAGGACUGUCCACCUUGCGCAUGGUAGCGGCCCUGCUGUCUCGUACGGUCGGUCGAAGCCCUCGCCUCCUCUUGUGCGGGACAGUGUCGCUCCUCCACAUGCUCUUCCUGCUCUACCUUCACUUCGCCUACCACAAAGUUGUCGAAGUGAUUCUGGACUCCCUCGAAGGACCCCCCAUGCCCGGCAUGCCGAGGGUGGCCAGGGAUGUGCCCCAAGCUCAACGCCACCGUGAUCGACGUUGCGGCGGCAGCGCUUAACAUUUAAGCCCCACACAACCAUCUUCCUAUUUCUCUUUCAAACUUUUGUUGUGGUGACACCGAAAAUUGCAACGUCUGUUGCUGGUUUUCCUUUUAUUGUCAGUUCAUAUGUACUAAAACCUUGAUGCUGCAAUGCAAAGCGGAUCUUUGUGGAGUUUAAACUCUUAUGCACAGGCAGGCCUGGGCGAUACAUCAAAUUUAUCGAUUAACAAGUUUUUUUUGUUGCAGACGAUGGAAAAAAAUAAAUCUACUUUUUUUUUAGGGCAUAUUUUUCCCCUCCUUGCCUGUAUUUCCUGAGCAGAGAAAAACAUGGCUCCUGCUAACACAAACAAGAGUUGUCAGUAGUUUAGAUUUGCGGCAACAUGCAUGGAACACAUGACUGCUAGCUGCAAAGUGUGAUUAAAACAAGGCAGCAUCACAACAAACUUAUUCCAUAGUCUGAAACCCAAGCAUCCAGCCGAGUGCGGGAAAUACAACUCUUUACGAGGCGAACAAGAACAUAACCAGAAACAGACUCCUGCUAAACAGCGGCUUACUGUGGUGGAAUCAUUUACACGAGGGGCCAUGCAUGUUGGGGAAAAAGUUGCUCAAACAGGAAAAAGCCUGUUUUCAUCCAUCCAUUAAAACCAGGGGUGCCCAAACUUUUUCCACAGACUGACAAAUCAAAGGAUGCUGGGGUCAUUUUGGUAUUUUCACCUUCAAAACCAUCCAUCCAUAUUCUACCGCUUAUUCCCUUUGGGGUCGCGGGGGGCCGCUGGUGCCUAUCUCAGCUACAAUCGGGCGGAAGGUGGUGUACACCCUGGACAAGUCGCAACCUCAUCGCAGGGCCACCUUCAAAACCAGCACAACACAUACAUUUUUUUUCAAACAACAAAAAAAUGCAAUUUCGGUAGAAAUUUUUUGUGAACACUGAUGAGCUAAGGCCAAACUGAAAUUAUAAGUUAGCAUACUAACAAGGUAGGGUCAUUUAACAAAAGAUAAGACUUGUGUAUACCAGCAAAAUGAGCUAGCAUGCUAACAAAUCAAUGCUAAAAGAAAAACAAUAGUAUCCUUACAGUUAGCAUUAGUGAAAUACUAAAAUAUAUAACAUUGAGGUGUUUACCUGUUAAAAUACUAAUGGUAACAUGUGUCAAGUACAGGUGCUGUGAUAAGUUGGCGACUUGUCCAGGGUGUACCCCGAUUGACGCUGAGAUAGGCUCCUGCGCCCCCCGUGACCUCAAAGGGAAUAAGUGGUAGAAAAUGGAUGGAUGGAUGCUCUCAGGUGCACAUUUGAAAAAUGUGUAAAAUAAAUGCUUAGCUUGCAUUAACUACCAAAAUAAUGCUAAACGGUAGCAUUUGUUAAGCAACAAAAUAUUUGACAAUGUGUAUGCCUUCAAAAUUUGAAAAAAAAAAAAAGCUAAUAGAAUGUUAAUGAUUGUGCAAAUUAGCCACAGGACGCACUCUGUAUAACCUUGAAUUAAAAAUACGCAGACCUCAAUGCUACAUUUUUAUUUGCACACGUAUUUUACUCAAGAAAGAAGAUUUACGUUUGUACUUCAUCCACCUCAAAUGUUUAUUUGCAUGCUGCAUCUUUCCAAUUUUUUUUUAAUUUCAAUACAGAAAUUUUGCCUGCCAUAGAAAUAUAUAUUUCAGAAAUAGCUAAAAUAGCUACAUUUCAUUUUUAGUUUUUCGACAAAUACUAUUUUCUACAAAGUCCAAUUUCUUUCUAAUUUAAAAAAAAAAUCAUUAUAUAAAAAUGCGUUACUCAGAGUGAGAUGCUGCUUCUACUACUACUUGAUUAAUUAAAAUCGGGCCUUAAAAAGUAGGGGGAAUUUCUUUUGGGGGGGGGGGGGGGGGUAAAAAAACCCAGAGAUUUUAUUUUUUUAGACCAUAUUGCCCAGGCCUAUGCUCAGGUCAAAAAAAUUUAGCACACCUUUGCAUCAACCCUGUUGUCACGGUGUUCAAAACGUGUAAAUAAGUUGUGUAAAUAGGAUAUUUGUCCCAUCAUAAAUGAAAUCGUACUGGCCUCCAAGCCACUAGGUGUCCCUACUGAGUCAAAGAGACAUGGAAAGAAUUGUCGGUCAUUUUUUUGUUGUUGUAACAUAAAUAAAGACAUUAAAUACUUUCAA